AACAUUCUAUUAAUGUUACUAAAAGAAUGUUUGUUCAUAACUUUAGGAGAACAUUGGCAGAUGUUCUUUACUAUUCGGAGUAUUAUCUGUAUCCAUGUUCCAGAGGCCGUAUUGAAUAGCAAUGGCGGCUAAAAAGACUAUGGCAUACUUAAACUUGUACAGUACAGGUAUGUCAGAAAUCCACACUUGCUAACGUGAACUAGGUCAGCAAAACCAACAUGCUGGUACUGUCCGAAAUAACCCAGACACAUUAGCUUACAAGUUUGGCCUAUAAAGUUUUGCUUGGAAAACAAAAAAAUCCGCUUCAAAAUUAGACUUAGUUCAGGUGCUAAAAAGUAAAACUUAUUGACAGUUGAAGUUAGAUCGCCAAAUCAAACACUUUAUCUCAUGCAUUUUCACCUUCUUAAAUGCUUUAAUAACAGUAAACAGUCUGGUCAGUGCAAGUUCAGCUUCCUCUUUUCAAGGGUGUCUGGUGGUUUCCUCUUGAUUUCUUUCUGCACAUAUGUGGUAGCUCUUCCACUCAGACUUGUAGAAGUUAAUCGUCUUGCUGCAUAUGAGCACAACAACCACAGAAUGAGGACGACGCAGCUUUUACUCUUCUUUUUACUGGUGUGGUGUCAAACUACAGAGAGUUUAACUGAUAAACAGGUGAAUUUAGGGGGAAAUGUGAUUUUAGACUGUCAGAUUGGUGCGAAAGACAUUUAUUGGAUUUUCCAGAAACUGACAGACUCUCCGGUGCUGAUAAUGCGGACUUUCACAUCAUAUGCUGCAUCAUCUAAUAUACAAGAUAAAAGACUGAAAGGCAAAUAUUCAUCACUUACUUUGAGCCGUUUAUUUAUAAGUAACAUAACUUCUGAUGAAAUAGGAAUAUAUUAUUGUGCAAAAGCAAACAAAACUCUACAGAUCAGCGAAGGCAUCAGACUUUACACCACUGAAUCUGCCCAAGAUCAAAAUCAAACAGAAAGCAACAAUUAUAAUCAACCACAUUGUAAAACAACACCCAAUUUUCCCCAGAUUCUGACCAUUACAUCUCUCCUAUUGAACACUGUGCUGAUUAUUGCAAUAACAGGUCUGUUAAUGCUCAAACUUAAGAAGCCAAGAAAAAGUCGACAACCCCAGAAUGUCGAACCAGUGUCGCAUGAGGACUUAAACACUGCACAGUAUUCUGAAAUCGAGCUGUCCACAUAUUCCGGAGGAGAAAAUCCCAUUCAGAUAAACAGCACUUAUCAACUUCUUCAGAAACCAAAGCCACAUCCUAGACAAUCAUGAGAAGAGAUCAACACAUCUUGCAGUCAACAGUUGUUAAUGUGGUAGUUUGACACCUUCUGUGAGUCUACUCCUUUUUUUUUGUUGUCGUAGGAUUGUUUUAUAAAGGUCAAUGUGUUUUCGUCACUUUUUUUUUU